AUGCCGCAGUCGUGCUCAUCGCCGUGUUGGACCAGCGGCUGGAGAAUAGGCACUCUGCUGUUGAUGAUUGUUUGCGCUGUUGGUGCGGCAUCCCAGGUGAACACGGACUGUGAGACGCUUGACUUCAUGCUGGAUGUCGCAGACCGCAGCUGUCAGGCGUGCCCUGUACACGCUCGCCGAGUACAGGGGACGUGCGUGUGCGAUGUGGGCUACGCGUUGCACGUGGACGCCAGCACUGGUACGCAAGCGUGUGUGGACUGCGCCGCGCAGAAAAUGAUGGUGAGCGAUGCGGGCGCUGUCAACGCGUCCGCGUACUGUCUCCCGUGUGGAGGAGACCGUCAGCUGACUUGCUUGGCCGAUGCCACGUACGACGAAGCCGCACGAACAUGUGUGUGCGCUUCGGGGAGCGUCUUGGCGAAGCAGGUUGGCACGCUUCUGCUGACAGCGGCGAUGUGCGCCCCAUGCGCGUCCUCAGCAUGCGUGACCUGCUCAUUUCCGUAUGCACUCGACGAGAGCAGUGGAGAGUGCCGUUGCAGCGACAGCUUCACGAUGCUUUACGAUGGCUCCUGUGUGCCAACCGAGGCGUACGAGUCAAUGGCCGCCGCAGCCUCAGGAACGUCGACGGCCCUUUCUCCACCGAACAUCGACAACAGCGGCGCGGCCGGGCCUGUGACUAGGGUUUUUCCUGUACAGACGUACUCGCUUGGCGCUGCCCUGCUGUGCAGUCGCGGCAACAGCACCGCGUGCAAUCUGCUGGCAAACCUGUGCGUUGUGAUGGACUAUCAUCUCACUGCCGUGCCGUGCGCACUGUACCAGCAUAUCAAGCAGAGCAAGCCAUGCGACGAUUUGUGGUGUGAGACGGUAGACGGGCUUCCAUGGCUCUACUACACCCGCAGCAACGCCGAUGUUUUGAGCAACGUGACGACGGAGCUCCGCCUCUCGGCGCGCGAAAAGCUGCAGUUUGUCUUGUCGGCGUUCGAUCUGUACGGCAACUGGCUCGGAUAUCAAACCAUGGUGAACCAAGUCAACCCGUGCUUUCUCAAGAACACCGAGUUACAGACAUUUUUCGCCGCCGGUGACACACGCGCCACAUCGUGCCAUGUGAACUGGCAUUGGUUCCUUCGCGCAAACGGCACUCUAUUCUAUGAGGUUUACCUGCGGCACCCAUUGAACGCAUCGCGGCUGAUGCCUGUACCCCUGCUCAUCGAUUACUCCAACUACGAAUUCGAGCCCGCGACGUUUCACGACCCGUGGCUGUACCGCGGCAGCGCUGUCGCUUCCGACGGCGCCUUUUCCGACGGCGGUUUCCGACGGCGGUUCUACGCCUACGACAACGUGGGUGGCAGCGGCAGUACCCCGCUUCGUUCGCUGCCCAGCUAUGUGACAGCGCUACGCAGCGCCAGUCUAGUUCUAGGGACUGAUCACCGCGACGAUCGUUACAUUGCGACUCCACUUGUCGUGCUUCAGUACGCAUCGAAGAUGGUAUCCACGAUAGCCGAUGCAGCGCCCACGGACGACCCCGAAAAAGAGCGCCAAAGGCCGCUCAACACCAGCGGUCAUCCCGACUACACACUCCACUGCGAGAUGCGCUCCUAUUACCUGUCCAGCACCGACUCUGUAAGCCACGGACUGAAGGUUACGGUUAUCGUCUUGUGUGCCUUGUGUUUUUUCUCGGCGUGGGCGCGCACGUACGGCUGGAUGCGACGGCGACAGUACCUCGUUCUUGAUUGCGCCGCAGCACUGCGGUUCUUUGUGUACCUGUGCAACCACAUCAGCAACACCUUCUUCCUCGCUGUCGCCCUUGCGUCGUGGUACAUGUUCAUCGCAUAUAAGAGGCAGUCGUCUUUGUCGCGCGCAAUGCGGCUAGGCGACGUGUACGUGAACGCGAUGCUAUACGUCGCCGUCACGGCGAAAGGGGUCACGGUGCUGUACCGGCUAGCCGAGCAGUGCAAUGCAGACUACUUUGUCAUUGACUGGGAGCGAUCCAAAGGGCAGCUGCUCCGUGAAAACAAGGUUGUGCCAGUGAGCAUGUGGCGCUCAACGUUCGUGGCGAACGCGCUGAACGAGUUGCAGACACUGCGCUACUGGUGCCCACUGCUGAACAUGACGAUCAUUCUCUUGUUUCUGGUUGGCCUCGACUACAAGAACAUGUCUGCCAGCGUUCCGCGCGGGUCACGGCAGGUGGACGGCAUGACCGUCUCGUUCGACACUCUCCGCGUCGCGAUUGACACCUUCUUUUGGGUGGCGGUGGCACUAGUCCUAUACUUGCUCGAGUACCAGAUUUACUAUCGCUUCGUCGUUGUACACCCCCUGCAGGCGUUCGUCGACCUGUGUUCCGUGUCGAACAUCUCCAUCAUUAUCCUCUUGGAGCAACAGUGGGGCUUCUACGUCCAUGGCGAGUCCAUUCACGCCCACGCCGACGUUAGUAUGGAGGAGUUCCAGAACAACCUGUUUCUUGAGGCUCAGGGAAACCUGCCCGUACGCGGCUUGGGAGGCCAGAGCAAGUGCCAGUCUUUUGAAGUGUAUCUCGGACCAUACACCCGCCAAUAUCUUUACAUGUGCUACAUGGAGAUGCAUAUCGAGAACCAACGAUCGCUUCUGAAGCGCGAGCGCACCAUCAUCCCAUCUCAGUGGCACUAUGUCCGUUUUCUCUUCGGCUUUUCACAACAACUCUGCGUCUACACACAGACGACCUUGGCUAUUCGCGACCGCAUUAACUACGCCUUCCAGCAAAGCGUGCGUCGCGCGGAGAGCACGCUUCUGGUGAAGUUUGUGCUGCAAAAGUGGCUCGACUUCCCGCCCAACGUCAUGUACAUGAACGGGCCGCAGCGCGGCGAUCAUUGCGGCAAGGAUCUCUUCUUCAUCGACGACGUUCAGUCGUAUGGCCGCGCGUUUCUGUGCGGGCUUGACUUUGAUCUCUUCGUGCUCUACGCGGCCCUGUUUGCCGCGAUCGACGUGGCGCUGCACAACUUCUACGUCGCCAUGGUGCUGGCAUUUGUGGUGGAGGUUGUCGUUCACUUCUACCGCGUCCGUGAGGGGCUCGUGAACUUGAGUCAAAAGACGAUGAUUGAUGAUCGCUUUUUCUUGUAG